AUGGCUUCGUUAACGAAUGGACAAGUGACGGAGUUGCAACAGAAGGAAGAUUAUGCUAUCAAGAGUGAAGCUGUUACGCCCAAGCUUGAUACCUCUCAAUGGCCUCUUUUGUUGAAGAAUUACGAUAAAUUAUUAGUUAGAUCUUCCCACUUCACCCCCAUCCCUACUGGUGUCUCCCCUCUCAAGCGAGAUCUCCAAACCUACGUCAAAUCAGGAGUCAUCAACCUUGACAAACCCUCCAACCCAUCCUCUCACGAAGUCGUAGCAUGGCUCAAACGUAUCCUCCGAGUUGAGAAAACCGGUCAUUCCGGUACACUAGAUCCAAAGGUAACAGGAUGUUUGAUCGUCUGUAUCGAUCGAGCUACACGUCUAGUCAAAUCCCAACAAGGUGCAGGAAAAGAGUAUGUCUGUGUAGUCCGAUUCCACGAUAAAGUUCCAGAGGGUGAAAAGGCCGUUGCGAGAGCUUUGGAAACUCUUACGGGAGCUUUGUUCCAACGUCCACCUUUGAUUUCAGCCGUCAAAAGACAACUCAGAGUGAGGACGAUUUACGAAUCGAAAUUGGUAGAAUAUGACGAUAAGAGGAAUAUGGGCGUUUUCUGGGUAUCUUGCGAAGCUGGUACCUAUAUCAGAACCUUGUGUGUUCAUUUGGGGUUAUUGUUGGGAGUUGGAGCACACAUGCAGGAACUUAGAAGAGUAAGAUCGGGUAUCACGGGUGAAAAUGAUGAUAUCGUUUCGAUGCAUGACGUGUUGGAUGCUCAGUGGUUAUACGAUAAUACCAGAGAUGAAUCAUACCUUCGAAGAGUCAUCCGACCUCUCGAAUCGCUCUUAACCAACUUCAAGCGAAUUGUCGUCAAGGACUCAGCAGUCAAUGCUGUCUGUUACGGUGCCAAAUUGAUGAUUCCCGGUUUACUACGAUACGAAUCUGACAUAGAAGUAAACGAGGAGGUUGUACUCAUGACCACCAAAGGAGAAGCCAUCGCCAUCGGAAUAGCUAUGAUGUCUACUGUCGAUUUGGCCUCGUGCGAUCACGGUGUGGUAGCCAAGGUGAAAAGAUGUAUAAUGAACAGAGAUUUGUAUCCUCGACGAUGGGGUUUGGGACCAAAAGCUCAAGAAAAGAAAAAGAUGAUCAAGACUGGUAAAUUGGAUAAAUACGGUAAAUCAAUUGAAGGUGUUACACCUCAAGAUUGGAACAAGGAGUAUGUAGAUUACAAUGCCGCUCAAACGGAGGAAGGAGGUUUGGUACCUACUCAACCACCAGCGGCUGCGACGAUAACCCCUAUAGAAGUCGAUGAGAAGGAUACCGAGAAGAAGAGAAAGAGGGAUACUGAGAGUGAAGUUGCUGCUACUCCUUCAAAGGGUGAUGGAGAGAAGGAAAAGAAAAAGAAGAAGGUAAAGACUGAAGAUGGUAUAGAGCGAGAGGAGACCGCCGAAGAGCGCGCAGCAAGAAAAGCAGCCAAGAAGGAGAAGAAGGAGAAGAAAGCUUCUGCUUAG